AUGGAAGAAAGUGAUGAUGAUCUUUUGAUAACAAAUGUCGUCAGCAAAGACUUACAAGAUGCUGGCGCCGCCUCAGGUAGCAAGACUGAGAGUGACGAUGGCCGUCUUAAACAGGCAAAGGGCAAGGCUCGAGUUCAAGAUGGAGAAUUGGAAGGCGUGAAGGUCGCAUUCUCAGAUGAUGAUGAUGAUCCGGAGUCUGCUUAUCAAAAGUUCAAACACCGUAACUCAGCGCGGCGAAAACGUGCACCCGUCAGUGAGAAAGAGUCCAAGUCUCGCAAAGGCAAUACGAUAGUCGGGAAAAGGUCCAGGAGAGAUGGCUUUUCAGCGCAAGGAUCAACCAAAAGGCAGAGAGACUAUGGCGAUGAAUCGAACGAGGAUGAUGCUCUGAUGGAGUACACUCUCCCAGAUCAUAUUCAAGACCGUCGAGCAGAGUUUGAGAAAAGCCGAGAGCGAUUAAAAGACGCUGGGCUAAAACUGCCUCCUGACUACGAUGGCAUAGAUUUCUUUGACGACGACAGGCUCGAAAAUUUGAAAGAAAGACCCGAUUUUCCAAUGGGCAAACCAGCUUCUCGAUACGAAGAUAUAAUAUUACCUCAUUCACUUGGGAUAAUUCCUGCCCCAAUUGCACAAUGGCUUCGAGACUAUCAAGUCAAAGGAGCAGCCUUUCUUCACGAACUCUUUGUGUACCAAAGAGGCGGUAUCCUUGGUGAUGACAUGGGUCUUGGUAAAACGAUCCAAGUAAUUGCGUUUCUGGCUGCAGCGUAUGGAAAGACAGGAGAUGAGAGGGACGGGAAGAGGAUGCGGAAAAUGCGAAGAGCUGGUGAUGAUCGAUGGUAUCCCAUCACCUUGAUCAUCUGUCCGGGAACGCUGAUAGAAAAUUGGCGAGCUGAAUUGGAACGAUGGGGCUGGUGGCAUGUCGAUAUCUUUCAUGGGGAUACGAAAGUGGAGGCAUUAGAAGCUGCAAAAACCGGGAGAACGGAGAUUAUGAUUACAACCUACACUACCUACCGGCUGAACAGAGAGGCAAUCAACUUGGUGGAUUGGGAUUGUGUUAUUGCCGAUGAAUGCCAUGUUAUAAAGGAACGUUCUUCUGAAAUCACCAAGUCAAUGGUCGAGAUCAAUGCUCUCUGCAGAAUAGGCUUGUCUGGAACAGCAAUUCAGAAUAAGUACGAAGAACUCUGGACACUUCUCAACUGGACAAAUCCUGGGCAUUUUGGGCCAAUCUCAACAUGGAGGACAAGCAUCAGCGAUCCCCUCAAGAUCGGCCAGUCUCAUGAUGCGACUAUUUCUCAGCUCAGCAAGGCGCGCAAGACUGCGAAGAAACUUGUCGAGAAUUUAUUGCCAGAAUAUUUCCUGCGCCGGAUGAAAUCACUAAUAGCUGACCAGCUCCCCAAGAAGACUGACCGCGUCGUAUUCUGCCCACUUACACCGACACAGGCCGAAGCGUAUGAAUCAUACCUUGACAGCGAUAUCGUUGCAGCCAUCCGAAUCUCAUCUGAAUCAUGCCCCUGUGGCUCUGGGCACAAGGCUGGCUGGUGCUGCCACCAGCUUGUCAGAGAUAAAAAGUGGCAGCAAUACGUUUUUCCGGCCAUAAUGAAUCUUCAGAAGCUGAGCAACCACCUUGCACUUCUCAUACCGCAAGGCAGCGACGCCAGGGAAAGGCAAGAAAAGGAUCUCGAAACGCUAGAGCUGGCGGUACCGGAGCAAUGGCGGGAGCUAUACCGAAACCGUGACUCUAUCGUGACCUUUUCUAACCCAGAAUUUUGUGGUAAAUGGAAGGUUUUGAAGAAGCUUCUCCGUUUUUGGCAUGGUAAUGGGGACAAGGUGCUUGUAUUCUCACACAGCGUCCGCCUACUGAAAAUGUUGCAGACGCUUUUCACUCAUACAAGCUAUAAUGUCAGCUAUCUAGAUGGUGCCAUGAGCUAUGAGGAGCGGUCGAAGACAGUGGAUGAUUUCAACAGCGAUCCUACCCAAUUUGUCUUUCUCAUUUCCACCCGCGCCGGAGGUGUUGGCUUGAACAUAACAUCGGCAAACAAGGUCGUUGUAGUUGACCCAAAUUGGAACCCAAGCUACGACUUGCAAGCGCAGGAUCGCGCGUAUCGGAUUGGACAACUUCGGGAUGUCGAGGUGUUCCGACUCGUUUCAGCUGGAACUAUUGAGGAGAUUGUCUACGCCCGUCAGAUUUACAAGCAGCAGCAGGCAAAUAUUGGAUACAAUGCCUCGAUGGAGCGUCGAUAUUUUCGUGGAGUACAGGAAAAGCAUGAUCAAAAAGGCGAGAUCUUUGGUCUGCGAAACCUUUUUUCUUAUCAAGGUGAUAAUAUAGUCCUCCGAGAAAUUGUUAAUAAGACCAACGUCGCGGAAUCGAAAGCCGGGGUAGCUGUUGUAGGCCUCGACCUUGACGACGAUGACGCUGAUAAUGAUGGUGACCCUCUGAAUUUUCGGCGCAGCAAAGGGUCAGACAAUACGGAUGAGGACAGGGCUAUGAGCCAGCUUGCUGCUUUGGUCACAGGUGAAGCAGAUUUGCCAUCUGACACCGCUGGAGGUGGCCAAGCUACGCCUAAGGGGAACAAAAAAGUGGACGCGGUCCAAGCCAUUCUUGCGGGCGCUGGAGUUGAAUAUACGCAUGAGAAUUCCGAAGUUGUUGGCUCUUCAAAAAUUGAAACUCGACUGAGUAAACGAGCUCAGGAGGCUGGUAACGAUGUUGACAUGGCUCAGGAAUAUGUCUUUCAACGCAGUAGCCAAGUGGCUCAAUCUGAAGAUGCCCCCUUUCGAUAUCGAUAUCGCCCGCCACCACAAGUAAUGAAGCGCCAAUUUUGCACCAUGGCCAAAGAGUUCGGGUUUACGGAUCCUAUUGAAUUCGCUUUUGUCGUUGAGAGCUGGACGGCCGCACAAAGACGCAAUUGCCUCGACAAAUUUUAUAAAGCUCGCCGCGAGAGGUUGGGCAGCAGUUGA